AUUGUGUUCGAAGUGUCACAGAAAAAAAUGGCUGAUAUUCUUUAAGGAGUCAUUUCAAAUAUCAGUGCGAAUUUGAUCAAUAAUAAAUGUAACAAUUCCAAUUCAAUUAAUAUAAAAAAUCAAUCCAUUUGAGACGACAGCAUCAUUGUUUAAGAAACCGAAUUAAAGUUUGUCGUCUGAAAACAAAUCCAAGCUACUUUAGAGAAUGACGACUGAUAAUUCGAAAAUUCUUACGAAAAACACCAAUCGCGGAUUUCAAAUUCGUGUACUGCCUAAAACGACUGCUGAACAGGAGAAAGCACUGCGCGAACAGCUACAUGCUGAAAUUGAAAAUAAGACCAAAGCCUGCUCGAACAUUGUGUACGACUGUACGCUACCACGAAUCGAAGGUUUCGGCUACUGUCUAAAGCACAUACUCCAAGAUUCGAAGGCACCGUACAAACAAUGCGCAUAUUUGUAUCCAAUCAAUGGGAAACGAUGCACCCAACCGGCACCGAAAUACGAUCCGAAGAAGGACGUUUUCACCAACUAUUGUUUCGAGCACAGUCGCUUGUCACAGCUGACGAAAACUAGGAACACAGUCGGAAAAUUCCAGAAUGUCGAGACAAAUGAGACAUUGCUGCAUGGAUUGGCACAUCACGUAAAUGCUGGCAGAGCAAAUCGAUCGCAUUUGCAUGAUGAUCGAGAGAACGAUGUUGAUAUUUCGAAGCCAUAUAUCGAUCCGUUCGUCGACAUUGAGAGUGUGCUGAAGAAUGACACAAAACUUCACAUCUUGGACUAUGCUUCCGAUAGUUCAUCGGAUGACGACAUGCCGACCGUUUCAAAUACGUGGAAAGGAGCCGACAUGGAAGGGUCAGACAAUGAAAGUGUCGAUUCAUUGAACGAUGAUGUUCUGAAACAUGCUGAGAUCUACACCACCGAGGAGGCGACAAUGAUCACAAAACAGAAAAUGGUUCGCCUGCAGUCCUUGUAUAUCGACCAGAUUCACCGGUUACAAUACAUACUCAAAGAUCGCCGACGAAAAUAUCUGCAAAAUUUGAAAAUCGAACGGGAAUCACUGUGCAGCAUUCACGAUCAGGCUAAAGAAACGCUAGCAGAGAAACGAAUGUACGAACGAUUGAAGGCCAUGAAUAAAUUCCACAAGCGCAACGGCGUCGAAGCUGUGCUACAUCGUAAAUUCAUUGAAAAGCGGCUGAAAGCGACCGAAGGCUAUACGAAUCGACCGCUAUCGUUCCAUACCAAAUGCACAUACACUGAAGGCGGCGUCAAGUGUGGCGAACGCGUUUUGCCAGCAUGUAAAUUCUGUAAGAAGCACAUCCUGGAAGACAAGAAGCAGAUUCUGUUUCGGCCGUGCUAUGUGGAGAAGAGUGGCGUUGUGUGUCAGGAGCCGGUGCCGAAUAUCUUCGAAGAUUCAACAUGCGUGCUGCACAUUGAAUUGCCGCCGAUGCGUCACUACGAACAGAAGUGUCGUUUCAGGUGCCAUCGCUACGGUAAAUACUACGAAGUCAGUUUGGAUUUUGGAAGCGACUGUGGGAAGAGGUUUUGAAGAGGUCAACGCUCUGAAUUCAGACCGAAAAUGAAUUAGAAGGGAUGGUACUGACUACUGACAUCCCGUGCACGGUUAUUAUUGUUGCAUCGAACCAAAUUAAUCAUCAGUAAAGAAAGACUAUUGGCAUUUAAGUGACGACAAAUCAAUUCCAAUCACAUUGAAUUCAUGAAUUGCCAUUUUUUCUCACAUUUCGUUCACAGAAAUUCGAAUCAGAUAGUGAAGAAGAUGAUGCAACUGUAGCAUCGCCCGUGGUCCAUGUGAAAGAGGAAUCGUCGGCAAAUGAAUCCGUAACGACGAACGAUGUAGAAAUGUUUACAGCGGAAGACGUUGGAAACAAUGUUACCAUUUGUCAUGACACCGAUGUGAACGAGAGAUCCGAUGCUGAAGUUAAAGUCGAAUCAACGAACAGUGACCAGAAUAUGGGAUGAUCGAAAUAGGAAUUGAAUGUAAUGUUUAUAAAUAUCGUUCGAUAAAUGUGUAAAAGGUGACGAAAAUACAUGUAAUAAAACCAAUUGGAUUUUGUGUCUUU